AUGUCCACAGGGUCUUGGGAUGACUCUGCAAACCUUGUUCCAGAUUCACCACUGACUAAGGACAGCGAAAAUGUGUUUGUUAAAAAGCCCCCCGCUAGACCACCUCCUCCAGCUCGACCUCCACCACCUAAGUUUGUUUCUACACUUCAGCAACCAUCUGAAAGUAGUGAUGUGAAAAAUUCUGAAGAAACUGCCUUUAAGAGUGAUUCAGCAAAAGAUUCUAGUGAGGACACAGCAAAAUCUGAUUUAUUGAAAAGUCCAAGCGAACAUUUACCAAAAGGCAGUCAUUUGAAGAAACCCAAAGGUACAAAAAAGCUUGGAUUUCUUCAUAAAAGAGCUAAAUCUCCUAGUAAGUUCCAUUCAAAAUCUCCUUCAAAGUCACCUUCACAAGAAAUACUUACACAUGAAUUGUCAUCAGAAGAUUCUGUUGAUGAAAGUGUUAAACUGAAGUCUGAACACUGGCAGGCCUUCCUGCAGAUGCAAGAUAGAAUAAAGUCUAAUGUACUGAAGACACAAUCAGCUUUAGGAAAACUAUCUUCUGGGCAUAUUUCUCCUACUGGUCAGACGUCUCCAGAUGCCAAGGAUUCAAAAGCCUUAUCUUGGACUCGCUUUGGUGAUGAUGAUGAAUCUCAAAGUCUGACUGUUGAGGAAGAAAAAGAACACCCUGAAGAACAUGAUUUUUUGGAUUUGAUGUCAUGUGAUGACAAUGGUAAUGAAGAUAGUGAAUUGUCAACUCUCAUAACUCUACAGAAAGAGCUACCUCAUCUUAAAGUAACUCCAGAGCCUUCUCCUAGCCAAACACCAAAACCACCAAUAAACAGCCGACGAUCAAGUGCAGGUAUGGAGCACGAACCUUUUGCCGAUAUCUUAGACUUUGAAAAACCAUUACAAACAGAACAUCAAAAGACAACAACACCUGCUGAGGUGGAUCUGUUAGGUCUGUGUUCUGAUGAACCUGUUUCUAAUGUAGAACAGUCUCAUUCCUCAAUCAUUGUCAAUGAAGAUCUUUUGGGUCUUGGAGAUCUGCUCAGUAAUUCGGCUUCACCAGCUCAGACUCAGCCUUCUCAAGAUCCUGCAAAUGAAUGGUUCUUUGGGUCAUACCAGAGCAGUGCCCAGUCUUCUUUGUGCCCUAGUCCUCUUUCAUUUGAUGACACAAUUCACAAUCAAGAUCAGUUGGUUCCAGACAGCACCGCAGUAUCAGAUCUAGCUAAAAGUCUUGUGGAUGAUUUUCUUCAGUGGGGUGUCAAUCAAGUUAGUGAGGAGCAGCAACAUCAGUUUUUACUAAAGUCUAAAAAUCCUUUUCAUUCGGAACUAAUUCCAUCUUUAGACAGUGAUAUGGAAAACAAGAAUGCAUCUCUUGACCCAUUUCGAAGUGAAACCAAGGAUGAUCAGUUAGAUGGUAUUUGGGGAUCCAUAAGUGAAAGAAACAAGUCAUCAGAUGUAUCCCAAAAGGAACAAGUUUCAGUCACUGAUAUGAAACAUAUUGACCCGUUUGGAAGUAACCAAGCUGAUCUGUUUAGCAGUAAUCAACCUGAACCAUUUGGCAGUAAACAAACUGACCCUUUUGACAGUAAACAACUUGACCCUUUUGACAGUAGUAAACAACUUGACCCUUUUGAAAGUAAACAAACCGACUCUUUUGGCGGUAAACAAACUGACCCUUUUGGAAGUCAGCCAAUGUCAAUUACACCAGAACACCCAAGCACAAAUAUGGAUGUGCUUGAUCCUUUUGCUUCCCAACCAAAUACAAAUGUGAACCAUGUUCAAGAAAACAUUACAGAAAAGAAAAACGACCUAUUCGGAUCUACUAUUGAACAAAUAGAUCCAUUUGCAUCUCAGCCAAGCAGCAAAAUGGAUCAGCUGGAUCCAUUUGAAUCUCAGGCAAAAUCUGCUUCGGAACAAACUGCUGCAAAUGAUACAUUUGAUAAAUUGGCAGGUACUUCAGCCUUUGAAGAUACCACAGCUUUUGGUGAUAAAACUGAUGUUAAUGUCACAGCUGCUUCAGGCAACAACCCAUUUAUGGACAGUGACAGCAAACAGAAUAAAGUGAAUUUUACUACAAUGAAUGAUAAGACAAACUUUCAGCAAAAUAUGGAUUUUGAAGAUGAUGGCUUCUUUGAAAAAUGUGCACCCGUGGCGUCUGCAGAUGCUUCCAGUGUUUGGGGAACACAUACAGGCACAGCUUCUGCAGCAAACCCUUUUCAGAAUGAUGCAUUCACUGCUGAAACUGUGAUUGUUGCAUCAGCUCAAGGAGGCGAAACAGACCAGCUGGAUACAAAACCAACUAAUCCUUUCCUGACAGCAAGCUUUGAAAAUAUUGCAGCUGCAUCUCAAAAACCAAACCCAUUCUUUGAUGAUUCCACUUUUGGUGAUGCAUCAGCAGCAUUUGGGGAUAGUGUAGUUCCAUCUUCCACUGGUGGAGAUAGUAACCUAUUAUUUGGAGCAGAGACAGCACAAGAAGAAGUGAAAAUGGAUUGUGGAAAUACGUUUGAUCCAUUUGCUACAAUUGUAGAUGGAGAACAUCCAGAAGAUCAGCUUACUAAAGGACUUGGACCAGUUUCACAGGAUCCUAAUCUCAACAAUUCCACUUACGAUAAUCUCAACCAAACUGAAGAAGACAAGGAAACAGAGGGAUUCAUGCUUGAAAUAAGAUCAGCAGAUAGUGCUAAAGUUGCUUCUGGUCCAGUACCUGCAUUACCACCACCACCAACAAAACCUACAAAAUCUCCACAGAUGCCUCAAAGAGAAAAUCCAUUUGACAGAGAUUCGCCACCAGAAGAAAACUUUGCAAAGUUUCAAGUUGUUGAAGAAGGAAUUAAAAACAAGGAGCCCCGUGAGAUGCUGAAAAGCAUGUCUUCUGAAAACAGCACCCCAGAAGAAGCUGAGAGUCUGGAACCAUUAGAGGAAUUUCAUCCUAAAUAUGAAGGGACUGGAUGGAGAUUAAUGCUGAGACAACCCACGAAGAAAAAACUGGCAGGAAAUAGAUUCUGGAAAACUGUAUUUGUGAAGCUACUGAAACAAAAUGAUGGUCCAGUAUUAAAGUUGUUCAGUGACGAAAAGGACACUGAUGCUUUUCAAGAACUUCCACUGCAGCCAUGCUACUCAAUCUCUGACGUGGCUUUGCAGCAGUUUGACCAGUAUGGCAAGAUCCACACUGUAAAGAUCCAGUAUUUGUUUUACAGAGAGCGAGUGGGAAUAAGAUCUGAACGAAUAACUCCUUCCUUUGUGCGGAAACCCAAACCAACAAUGAUCCUUGAUCAUGCACCGCAGGUUUCAGAAUUGCUCAAGUUUGGCAGCUUGAAUGAAGAAAACUUGAGGACAUUUGUAUAUGAAGUGGAAGAUGCUUUUAUGAUGUUGGAGGCUCACAGAGAAAAGACGCUAACAUACACAAAGGAUGAAUGCCAGGCAGAGGUUUGGGAUGAGUACUUUGCUACUGUUGACAAAGAUGGCCAUGUGUUAACUCAGAAAGCAAGAGUGCGGGUAUUCUUUCUUGCAUUUGUUACUGGGAUGCCAGUUUGUGAACUCGGAAUGAAUGAUAAAAGACGAAAAGGACGUGAGGUUGUUGGUCGUCAUGACAUUAUCCCAGUGAAAACUGAAGACUGGAUCAAAAUAGAAAAUCCUGAAUUUCACUGCUCUGUCGAUCUUGAUGAAUAUGCAAAAACCAACACACUGAAGUUUCAGCCACUGGAUGCUUGUCAGUUUGAACUGCUCAGAUUCAGGGUUCGACCCAAAGAUAACCGUGAACUUCCCAUGCAGAUGAGAAUUCAGCAGAUUGUAAAAGGACGACACUUUGAAAUCAGAUGUGACAUGUUGGUCACAGGUUAUCAUGCCAAUAGUAAAAAACAUGGACAGUUUCCUUGUGAGGAUAUAGAAAUUAGAUUUCCCAUUCCAGACACUUGGGUUUACCUUUUCCGUUAUGAGAAACGGUUUGGGUAUGGAUCCUAUAAAUCCCAAACUAGAAAGCCUGGAAAGAUCAAGGGACUGGAGAGACUUACCAUGAUGGCUCAGGGUGUGAUGACACCAACUUUGAUGGAAGCAUCAACAGGCACUGCCAAGUAUGAAAAUCUCUUUAAGGCUGUGGUCUGGAGAAUCAGCAGGCUGCCUGAAAGGAAUCAAGGUGCCUACAAGAAUCAUCUGUUUGUGUUGCGGCUUGAUCUUGGCGUGCACGACGAGGUUCCAGAAAACUUUGAUAAAUAUGCAGAUGUGUCCUUUACCAUGCCAGCCUGCACAGUGUCGAAGGCUCAGGUUAGAUCCAUCUCAGUCACCUGUCCCAACCCACCUGAGAAGUGGGUACACUGCGCUGCCAAAUACAGGUACAAGGUGGAGAUUGAACAUAUGAUGGACACUGAGUCAGAUGAUGGAAGUGACUAAUUAAGUACUGAUGGAAGCAAUGAAUGGUGGAGCACAUAAUGACUGACAACAUGACUGACACGGAGUCUCAAGAAUGGAAGUGAUUACAGUAGUAAGAAGAGACAGUGAUAGGUGGGGCAUAUGAUACAAUUUGACAGACGCUGAUUUUUAAAGAAUCACUUGGAUUAUGAUAGGUGAAGCACAUGAUAACUGGCACAUACAAAAAGAAGCAAUGUUGGUAAUUGAUGAAGUAAUACUGGAGGCAAUUUAUUGAAGGUGGGGCACAUGAUGACUGACAGCUUGAUGGACAUUGGAUCUAAUAAUGGGUGUGUCCACACUAACAAGUGCUACAUGAAUAAUAAAGAAGGCCACAAUAGGUGCAGGACUUGAAGACUGACAGCUUGAUGGACAUUGGAUGUAAUAAUGGGUGUGUCCACACUAACAAGUGCUACAUGACUAAUAAAGAAGGCCACAAUAGGUGCAGGACUUGAUGGCUGACAAGUCUAAAAGUGACCAUAUGAAAUGUGAUGAAACCUGAUCUGUUUUAGGUUUAGGAAACUGUAGACAUUAGCUAGGGUGUUUUAGCUGAAACAGUAGUUUUACUCUAGAACUCGAGGUUGUCUCGAGUCAUGUAGACAUACGCUGUUUUACACACACAGUAGAACGUGAAUCUUCAUGUACAGGUACUCAGAAUGUUAAUGAUUAUAGUAACUCAGUUGUGUAAGAAAUGUUUUAUAUACAUUAUUGCUUGGUAUGACCAUUUUGUGUGAAUAUAUGCGUUAGUAAUAUCUAAUUUAUGAGUGUUUGUAUCUGUGUAUGUAUUAAUUCCAAAAUUAUUCAA